GCGAGCGCGAGCGGGCGAGAGAUAAGUGUGUCUGCUGGUCGUCUCGUCUUCUCCAAUCCUCAUCCUCUCGUCGUCACGUCAGUCUUGUCUACCUUGGGUAAAUAAGUCAGGUCGGCCUCGGUGCGUGUGUGUUUUCGUUCGUCCAACAACUGCGUGCAUGUACCUUGUUGAAAAAAAAAGAGUUUGCAAAGCCGGGGUGUGUGUGGUUUAAUUAAUUUAAUAUUCAAGGAAAGAAAGAGAGCCUCGUCGUCGUCGGCCACCAGCAAGAUCCGCAAAGAUAAGGGACCGGCAGAGAGAGGCAUAAAGAAUCUACGUGAUUCAUUUUAAUAGCACCAUACAUGCAUAUCUAAGCCAGCGUGUGUAUAUACACGUCCGUGUCGCCUACACCUGGCUGGCUGGCUGCAGAGUGUUACAGCUUACAGCGCAAAGGAGAGAGAAAGAAGAGGUGGAGUUGGUUGCGCGUCGUUGGAUUUGAUAUGUGCAAUUAAGAAAAAGAAGGCGCUUGCAUGUACGUCAACGUUUGGAGGACUGCUGGUGACAGCAUAUUCAUGCCUAAUACGACAGGACAGACAGCCGGGACAGUAGUUACAGCAAUGACAACAGUUGCAGAGGAGGAGGAAAGAGAGGAAGGGUUGUAAGCAGUGGCUGCUGCAAAUUUUUGGAGAUGCUGCUUGAUUGAGUACAUUCAACAGGAGAAAUCACUACCAGCAGAGGAAACUAGUCAGAGCAGAGGUAGCACAGUGACCGAUGAGAGAGAAAGAGUGCAUAGUGCUGUCCGUGAACUGUCAUGAUAAUGAUGAUGAUGAAGAAGGAGCAAAGGAGAUAGAAGAGACAGAUAGCUGUCGUUGUGCCGCCACUGAAGCGAGACUGUGUGUGUGUGGGUGUGGAUAUUACACACGCACGCAAACGGCACAAGUGUAUGCAUACAUGUGUAAAGACAGAAGAGAUACAUACACACUGCAGAGGAGUGGAUAUAUAGGAGCAAGAGAAAAAGAGAGAAGGAAAACUGGACCGUCCCAGAAUUGAGAGUCCACGAGAUAAGGUGCUCGCGCUGAGCCUAGGCGCACUUGGAUCUCAGCGUCAUGUCUGGCCUACUAUGCGCUCGAGAGGAUCAGGCAAACAAGCGAGUAGCCUGUUAUUAUCUCCAACAACGAGUGAGCGACCCCGUCAUAAAACGAAACUCCCACCAGCCGGUAGUAGCAGUAGCAGCAGCUCACUCCCAGCAUUUUUGUCGUCGUGGAGCCUUCCUUUUCAAUUCGACAAUCAUCUCGUGUUAAUAAGCUGAGUCGCAGCUAAGGCGAGAUGGCCGACAACGCCAUCAGAAAGCCGGCGCACAAGCAUGCUUCGUCGCCGGCCGAUCACAACGCCAGUCCAGCAGCUGCCACUGUUCAUCCGGGACAAAUGCCCGCCCGCAAAAUAUCCGCACCCGUGCACCGUACCACGACCGAGACGAUACGUAUCAGCGAACCGAUCGACAAUUUUGGCAAAGGCCAGCAUCACCACCAUCAUCAUGGCCAGUCGUUGGGCUCGAUACCGAUGACCACGGCAAGCUCAACGUCCAACAAUCCAAACACGGGUGCCGCAAUCGCCCAAAACCGUACGAAGAAGACGUCGUCGUUUCAGAUAACGAGUGUCACAGUGGGCUGCAGGAUGAGCAACGACGCGGGCGAGGACUCGAACGACGAUCUCGACGAGUCACAUACAGAGGACAACAGUGUCGAGCACUCGCGGAUCACGGAUAUCGAGACGCCGAGCUACUCCGAGGACACCUUCUCCAAGGACGACGUCUUCUUUAACGCGAGCAAUGCCGCUUUGAGCACGGCGCCAGUCAUACCGACGAGUUCGCAGUACGGCUUGGCAAUCGUGCCAUCGUCUGAGGCUAACAUUACGAGCAACUCAACGAACGAAAACAACAUCAACACACUGGACAUAGCCUCGGUCACGGACAAUAACAUCAUCAAUUUGCUGUCAAGCAGCACUAAGCAGGACGCCGAUUUGCGAGAGGUCCACUCGCACGGUAGGAACGAGAGGUUCAAGGUCGUCAAGAUCGAAAGCACGGAGCCUUUCAAGCGCGGACGGUGGACCUGCAUGGACUAUUUGGAUCAUACCUCGGUCAAUCAGUCGACGACUACAAAAGUGCCCGACCCGAACGAAGUUUGCAUAUCGUACGGAGUCACUGAUGCGGGUAUCGUCGUACCCGAGAUUGUAAACAAGGUCGUUGACGACAUGGCUGGCAUGAGCAUCGAUGCGAAUGGACCUAUGCACCCUGAAGUGCAACAACAACAACAGCAGCAGCAGCAGCAGCAGCAGCAGCAGCAGCAUCCAGGUACGCAGUCAUUGGGUGCUGCUUCUGCUGCUGGCUAUGCGCCGGUGCCCACGCAACAGCAGCCUCAGCAGGUACCGCCCCAGUACUACCAGGCCUCGGCGACUCAGGCGCAACAGCAACAGACUCAGGGUACAACGUUGCCGGCUAAUCUACAGUCAGCCCACCCGAACAGUAUGGCACAGACGCAAAGCAUGCCCCAGGGUACUAUUCCGAUACUCACCCAACAGACAUGUCCUGCAACGCAAACGAAUAACAUGCCAACGCAGCAGCAGACGAUCACGCAUCCUCAGACAGACGAGACGACGACGUACGUACCGGUGAAUUCACAAGCGCAAUCGAUGGGCCCACCGCCGCAAGCUCAAAACGUAUGCCAACAAGCAACGAGUGUCGCGCCCUCCCAGCCUCCGCCAAACAUACUCGUACCGCAGUCACAGCAACAAUCCCAGCAAGCACCGCCGCCCACGUCACAACCUCAAGCGACGCAACAGCAGCAGAUCCCCGAACAAAUGCAAGCCGCUAUGCAAAACAUGCAGAGCUUGCAAGGUAUCCACAAAGUUCCUCAGUCCAGUGGUCCCCCACCACCCCAACAGCAGCAACAACCCCAACAGUCACAACAGCUACAGCCUCAAGUGAUGUCGACAAACGCUCAGAUGCAGUCAACGCAGCAACAACAGCAGCCUCAGACACAGCAACAACAAACGGCUACUGGAACAUCAGCCCAGGUGCAGAUGGUCGGUGGUAUGCAACAGGGUAACAUAGCAUUCCAUCAACAGCAGCAACAACCAGUUGAAUCCGAUCAAGAUUCGAUGGCGAAUAUGAUGGUCGCUGGUGCCUUGGCAGCUGCGGCUACUGACGCCGCACUUCUUGAGUCUCUGGCGGAAGUUACUCAAAAUGCCGAUGACCAUCAAGCGCAUGAUGAUAAUGAGAGCAUGUCAGGGACCAGUGCAGUAGCGAUUGACAAUAAAAUCGAGCAAGCAAUGGAUUUAGUAAAAAGUCACUUGAUGUUCGCGGUGCGGGAAGAGGUCGAGGUGCUGAAAGAAAAAAUUGCAGAGCUCAUGGACCGCAUCAAUCAGCUAGAGGCGGAGAAUUCAAUCUUGAAGGCUCACGCCACACCCGAGACUCUGGCCCAGCUGAGCCAAUCUGCCGCUGCUGCAGCCGCAGCCGCUACUGCUGCAACGACCAAGUUGCCCACUAUCAAUAAUUCCGGAGGUGGUCAAUAGGUAUAUAAAUAAUAUAAAUGAAACGCGAAUUAAAAUUUUUAAAAAACGCUUGUACAUAAAUAAAAACAAAAGUAAAAAAAAAGAAGUGAAGGAAAAAAAAAUUCAACUGAUUCACCUCGUGAAAGAUUUAUACACACCACCUCUGGCAUCACAAACUCUCCCGUCGUCGAUAAUACGUCACACACACACACACACACUCGCAUACAAUUGAUUUAAUAUAUAACUAUUGUACAUAACUUAAUCGACUUUUUAGAAUUUAUAAAUAAUGAGAUUUAUUACAUUGUAUAUUUAUGAUGGUAAGUUUUCUUUCUUCUUUCUCUUACUUUUGCCUUUUUGAAAAAAUAAGGAUAUAAAAACCGAUAAAAGAAUAAGAGCACUACGCGUUAUGUGAUCGAGCAAAUUAAAGCGAUUCUUCAGCGAAUGUAUAGUUGAUAUUUUAUACUGUUUGUUUAGUUUCGUUUAAAUUAUAGGCUAAUAAAACUGUAUGCUUAAUAAAAAUGAUUUCGAAGUA